GCUCGCGCGUCCCACAGCUCUUCCACUCCGCUCCGAGCUGUGAGACGCGGCUCUGCAGCGACCCGAGCCCGGCUGGGGAGGCGCUGGUUUGCUCACUACAGGCAUCAUCCCUCACCGAGAGUCGCGGGAGGGGGAGAUAUGGAGAAAAAUUCUUCCAACAUGAUCCCUCUUACUGAAAACUCUCCUCAUAAAAAAGAGAUGGUGUGUAUUUUUGGAACAGGAGAUUUUGGAAGAUCUCUGGGGUAUAAAAUGCUCCAGUGUGGCUACUCAAUAGUGUUCGGAAGCCGAAAUGCACAGACUUCCAGUCUGAUUCCCAAAGGCACAGAGGUGCUGAGCCACAGAGAAGCUGCACAGAAGGCUGACAUUAUUAUUGUAGCAAUUCAGAGACAACAUUACAACUUUCUCACAGAGUUAACUGAAGUUCUUCAUGGAAAAGUAUUGGUGGAUGUAAGCAACAACCUCAAAAUAAACCAAUAUCCUGAAUCCAAUGCUGAAUACCUUGCUCAACUGGUGCCAGGCGCUAAGGUAGUGAAAGCAUUUAACACCGUGUCAGCAUGGGCCUUGCAGUCAGGCACGUUGGAUGCAAGCAGACAGGUGUUUGUCUGUGGAGAUGACAACAAAGCCAAACAAAUGGUGAUGGAUAUUGUUCGGACUCUUGGUCUUACACCAUUGGAUCAAGGCUCUCUCUUGGCAGCCAGAGAGAUAGAAAAUUACCCACUGCAGCUCUUUCCAAUGUGGAAGUUUCCCAUCUACUUGGCUAUUGGCCUAAGUGCAUUUUUUUUCUUCUACAGUUUGAUUCGUGAUGUAAUCUACCCCUACGUCCAUGAAAACAAAGACUUAUCAUUUUUUAUUGUAAUUUCCAUUCCAAAUCGGGUUUGCCCCAUAGUGGCACUCAUCCUUCUUGCUUUGGUUUACCUUCCUGGUAUAAUUGCUGCAAUUCUCCAGUUACACAGAGGAACAAAAUACAGUCGUUUCCCAGACUGGCUGGACAAAUGGAUGCUUUGUAGGAAACAGCUUGGAUUAGUAGCCUUGGUUUUUGCUUUUCUGCAUGUUUUGUACACGCUUGUUAUCCCUAUUCGCUACUAUGUAAGAUGGAGAUUAAAUGUUUAUGUCAUAUCUCAGAUAAAGGACAACAGAACAGAUCCAUUUAACAACACUAACGGCUGGAUUAGUGACUCUUACCUGGCUUUAGGAAUCCUGGGAUUUUUUCUGUUUGUCUUGCUGGGAAUAACUUCCUUGCCCUCUGUCAGCAACAGCGUCAACUGGAGAGAAUUUCGAUUUGUACAGUCCAAACUGGGAUACCUGACACUGAUUUUGUGCACUGCACAUACACUGGUCUAUGGUGGGAAGAGAUUCUUGAACCCUUCAAUGUACAGAUGGUAUCUUCCUGCAGCAUAUAUGCUUUCUCUCAUUGUUCCUUGCAUUGUCCUGGCCAUUAAAUUUGUUCUGAUAUUCCCGUGUAUAGACCGACCACUCACACAAAUUCGACAGGGCUGGGAGAGGAACUCCAAAGGUUCAAAACAAUCAUACUACAAUGAUAGCAAAUCAGCAGUAUAAUCACUUAGUAAACACCCAAUCUGUAUAUCAUUGCAAUGUCUCAAAAACUUCAACUUUUAUAUUAAUGUCCUUUCCCAGUUUUAUCUGCAGGAAAAGGCAAAAAGGAGGAAACUUUGCCAGGCCCAAGCAAUUUAUCAAUAUAAAAAAUGACCCAGGGCCAAUCUUAAACACAAAUAAAGCCAGAAGCCACUGGGAAUGCUCUGUGACCCAAGAGCUGGCUUCAUCUCCCUCUCAUUCAUACUAUAAACUCACCGCUAGUCUGCCCUUCCCACUCUCUUGGCAUCAAGACAGGAGGAAGAAACUCUGUCUGAUUUCCCUCCUUUUUUUAGUAUGGAAUCCCACUCUGGAUAGGGCACCACCAAUUGUUAGGCUGGCCCUGCCUGGACCAUAGGCAAAGAGGAGCUCAGCUCUUUGAUGGCUUUGCUUGCUCUCCAUUAACCUCUGUUUCAGUAGAGGUCUAUAGCUACACCCUAUGUAUACCUUAGAUAACUGGCCAUGGUUUGGUUUGUAUACAGAAAUUUUAUUGUCGGAAGUGGUUGGGCCAGUGGUCCUUGCCACACUGGACUACCGCAAACUCAGGCAUCAGGCUGCUGGGAAGUGGGGAGGAAAGAGACUUUCCAAAAUCAUUUGGUAAGGAAAGUGGUGCAAGGAAAAGAAAGACCUUGGUUAUGGUGGUUACAAAUGUGUGCUUCUCCAUCUAGUGCAAAUGAAGAGUGACCAGUGAUUGAGAUUGUGAUUAUGCUGCAUUCUCAAGUUAAAUCAAUUAGUCAUUUUGCUUAAUAUGAAUUUGUGGCCAAAUUUGUUUAGUCUAUGCUUGUAAUGAGUUAUAAUCACUGAUGUAAUAUGCUGUUUUAUUGGAAUUUUGUGUUAUAAGUUCAAUAAAGAUGAGCUCUUUUGCUUUCCAGAA